CAUCAUUUCCCAGAAUCCUUUGCGGUGCAGCCUCUGACAACAACCUGGUCGUCAAAACCCGUCUGCAUUAUCCUCUGGCAUGAUGAUGAUGAUGAAGGGACGAGGACGAGUGCAGCGGUAAACGAGAGAAAGAACGAGGGAGAGAGAGAGAGUGCGCACUCCGUGAGCGGAAGCUUGGCAAGAGAAACAAAGAGCCUUUGAUGGGUCUCGCUGUGAAAAUGGGCUCCGGCCUUCACACACGCUGCUGAAUGCAUGUUGAUGAGGUGUGUGUGUGUGUGUGUGUGUGAGUGACCAUGGCACCGGGUGACACGGCGGCAGAGAAUGGAAAGCAGCACAAGCUCAGGACGAAGUGCACGUCUCAGUCGCCCGAGAGCGAGUACGCGGCGGACGGCUCGUUCGUCUUUGAGGCUCACGAAGCCUGGAAGGACUUCCACAACUCUCUGAGACAGUUCUACGAGAACGGAGAACUCUGUGACGUCACGCUAAAGGUGGGCACCAGGCUGAUCCCCUGCCACAAGCUGGUGCUGGCCUGCGUGGUGCCGUACUUCCGGGCGAUGUUCCUCUCGGACAUGGCCGAAGCCAAGCAGGAGCUGAUCGAGAUCCGCGACUUCGACGGCGACGCCAUCCAGGACCUGGUGCGUUUCGCCUACUCGUCACGCCUGACCCUGACGGUGGAGAACGUCCAGCCGCUGCUCUACGCCGCGUGCAUCCUGCAGGUGGAGCUGGUGGCACGGGCCUGCUGCGAGUACAUGAAGGCCCACUUCCACCCGUCCAACUGCCUCGCCGUGCGCACCUUCGCCGAGAGCCACCACCGCGUGGACCUGAUGGACAUGGCCGACCGCUACGCCUGCGAGCACUUCGGCCAGGUGCUGGACAGCGACGACUUCACGCGCGUCUCGCCGCAGCACCUCAGGACUCUGCUCGGCUCCAGCGAUCUCAACAUCCACUCCGAGACGCAGGUGUACGAAGCCGCCGUCAAGUGGCUCAAAGCCAAUCCACAGCACCACGAGCACUGGCUCCAUCAGAUCAUGUCUCAGGUCCGUCUCCCGCUGCUCCCCGUGGGCUUCCUUACAGGCACCGUGGCUAAAGAGGACAUGAUCAAGGCGGAUCUGAGCUGCAGGGACCUGCUGGACGAGGCCAGGAACUACCACCUGCAUCUCAGCAACAAGAGCGUGCCGGACUUCGAGUACUCGAUCCGCACCACGCCCCGCAAACACACCGCAGGUGUGCUGUUCUGCGUGGGAGGACGAGGAGGUUCCGGAGAUCCGUUCCGCAGCAUCGAGUGCUACUCCAUCAGCAAGAACAGCUGGUUCUUCGGGCCCGAGAUGAACAGCAGGCGCAGGCACGUAGGAGUCAUCUCCGUAGAAGGAAAGGUGUACGCAGUGGGCGGCCAUGACGGCAGCGAGCACCUGGGGAACAUGGAGAUGUUCGACCCGUUCACCAACAAGUGGAUGAUGAAGGCCUCCAUGAACACAAAGAGGCGUGGCAUCGCGCUGGCAACGCUCGGAGGUCCGAUCUACGCUAUAGGAGGCCUGGACGAUAACUCCUGCUUUAGCGACGUAGAGCGAUACGACAUCGAGGCGGACCGCUGGAGCGCCGUGUCCCCCAUGAACACCCCUCGAGGAGGUGUCGGCUCUGUCUCUUUAGGGAGCUACGUGUACGCCGUGGGAGGGAACGACGGCGUCGCGUCACUGUCGAGCGUCGAACGCUUCGACCCGCACCUCAACAAAUGGAGCGACGUGCGCGAGAUGGGGCAGAGGAGAGCGGGAAACGGAGUGAGCGAACUGAACGGCUGCCUCUACGUCGUAGGUGGGUUCGAUGAUAACUCUCCACUGAGUUCAGUAGAGCGCUUCGAUCCCAGGAUGAACAGCUGGGAGUAUGUCGCUGAGCUAACCACGCCCAGGGGCGGAGUCGGGGUUGCCACGGUGAUGGGGCGAGUCUUUGCCGUGGGUGGGCACAACGGAAACGUCUACCUGAACACGGUGGAGGCGUACGAGCCACGCAUGAACAGGUGGGAGUUGGUGGGCUCGGUGUCUCACUGCAGGGCUGGAGCGGGCGUGGCCGUUUGCGCCACACACAUCAGUCAAAUUCGAGACGUGGGUCAGGGUUCGAGCAAUGUGGCAGACUGCAUGUAGCGAGAGUACUGAGAAACACACACACACACACACACACACACACACACACACUCCAAGCUCACCAUACACACUCCACAUACACCAACACAACAGUGUCUGAACACUUACACACAAUCUACAUUCUACAAUCUACACACACACACACACACACACACACACACUGGCACAUUUCCUCUCAUCGUGGAUGAAAUCUUCCUCAUAUCAUAGUUUAUAUAGUCUUCAUAAUGAAGCUUUGAUAAUAAUAUACAUAUAAAAAAAAACACAAAGCAGGUAGUUUGCGCUACACAAUCUGUAUUUACAUUUUUAUUUCAUACGAGAAUCGAAAGUCGUGAUGAUGAUGAUGAUGAUGAUAUAAUGACAAACGCUGCCUUCGGUUAAAAGUAGCUCUCUAACUAGUAGUGUAUCUAACCAUUGCUGCUUCAUCACAAGAUCCCGUUUAAACGAAGCAAAGCCAAGUAAACUCGAGCGAUCUAACUAGCUACUGACACCAACAUCCAGGUGGCCAUCUUGCUCGUGUUUCGAGAAGGACCUACGCAGAACCAUUCUAAUCUAACAUUUCCGAUCCGUAUCUGUGACUGGGUUUUAUUGUGCACUAUCGCUCCUAGCUGAAAAACAAUGCUUUUUUUUGACUGAGAGAUGAACAAACAUAAAGACAUCAAUCUGUUGUUUGUUUGUUUGUUGGUUUGUUUAUAAUGCUAAUUCUGCUUAUCGUGUGUAAACUGUGCAAAUGGAAUCUUUAUUGUCUCCCGUAUCUUAUCUGUAUAGUAGUUUUUUAGGUUUGUAACUCUCUAUUUAUAAAGAUUUAUCUACACAGAUUUACGCCUGCGCUUUUAUGGAAUGAUUUAUGUAUUUAUUUAUGUGUGCUAUUAACAAUAUCUUUUUUUUUUUCCUUUUCCAAAAAAAAGUUUGUUUAUCGAAUCGUGUCGUUUGACUUUUCUUUUCUAAUUCUAUAGCACAUUUAUCCUUUUUAUCCUCUGCGAAGGAGCUGCGCGUUCGUAUUUAUUUCCGCGUUUUCAAAGCACACAGAAUCGUAUAUCCCUACGACGUUGUUUACAAACUGCCAUAAAGCGUGACGAGCCCUCGCAGCCUUUUGUAUUAGACUGAAAGAAAAUAUGACUGAUUCUUAAAAACGAGUCUGAACUUCCCAAAUCAGUUCCAGAAGCUGAAUUUUGACCCGUUUGAUGAAUUUCUGCAGUUUUCACGCUCAGAUUUAGACAUUAUUAUCAUCAUUAAUGCAUUUAAUCAGACGAUUCACAUUUCACGAUUUUGGAUAGAAACUUCUUGGGAUCUGGUUUGGGAAGUGUGACUCUGACGCCGACUCGGUGUGUGAAAGUGGGAGCUGUUGUAGUGAAUCGUUGUCAUUUCCCGUACACUGGUACUUCCUGUUUUCAGUAAGGUACUGUACUCGCACUGUAUUUUUGCUCUCAAUCUGUCGGUUUGUAUUAUUCAAAUAAAGCUAUAAGAAAUAUUGAAAUAAAAAAAUAACAGAC